GCUGUGUAGGUGUUUGGAUUUCCGGCUAGAGAGAAAUAGCCCAGGGAUGAAAGAGAAUGACGCAGUGAAGCGUUAAGUCGUGAUUGUGUAAUUGGUUUUAUGGUGCCGGUGGCAUGGGGGCGUCACUGAAGCGUCUUGUUCAUUAUUCCUCAGUUGUUCGCACUGGGCCUGUUGCGGGUUUGGACGUUGUGGUUGUGCGAGAGAAACUUGGUUACUCGGCAUGUUAAAAGUUGUACGCUUCAUUAGUACGUCCAGCAUGGAAUAAUUGGCAUGUAAUACUAGGCACACUGCAUGUAAUGCCACACGGACCGUGACGGGAUGUACAUGUACAGUUUAAUCAGCAACAGAUGUUGAUAGCGAUUAAGUUCUCAAAAUUUGAGACUACGAAGUGAUCACACUGUCUUGUUUGCCGGUUGAGAUUUUACUAAUUAGGUCCAGUGCUUAAAAAUGGAGUACAAAACUGAAAUGCCAGAUUCCAUGGCAAGCAUGACUAGUUAUGGAAGUGAAAUUUGUGCCGGAUGUGAGGCUGGAGCAAGUUCUGCCAACAUGGGCCUCAAGUUCUCCAAGGCAGAAGAUGAGAGAGACAUUGUAGUGGAGGACCGAGAAGGUGACAUCGAUGAGCCCCAUCACCAUGACGACCACGAGAACAGCAAAGGCCCGCAGACCUGCCGGGAGAAACUGCGGGAAUUCCUUCACACCCAGAAGAUGCAGAUUACCAUCAUUGUCCUGGUCGUUUUGGACUGUGUCUUCGUCAUCGGGGAAUUGGUGCUGGACCUGGAGGAUGCAGCAUUGGGCAGUUCGUGCACGACCAAGGCCCCACCAAUGGACGGGAACGUAACGUACGACCAAGGCGAAAUGACACGACACAAGCGGGCAGCUGAAGAGUACUCCGGAGAGCAUAGUCCCCUCAAACAAGCCAAAGAGGCGCUGCAUUACCUCAGCAUCGUCAUCCUCAGUCUCUUCAUGAUAGAGCUCAUGCUGAAACUCAUCGCCCUGGGCUCCAAGUUCUUCCACAGCAAACUAGAGAUCUUUGAUGCCUUCGUUAUCGUCGUGUCUUUCAUACUGGACAUUGUCACGCUGGUCCUUCCAGACAGCUUUGCCAUCAUAGAUCUCGUCGUUGUCCUCCGAUUGUGGCGUAUAAUGCGGAUUGUUAACGGGGUCAUUCUCUCGGUGGAACAGAGAGCCGAGAAGCGUAUUCACCACCACAAGAGGGUCAGGGAGCGAGCCGUCCAGGCGGCAAUGAAGUUUGAAGAGUAUGGUGUCGCCCUCGAGGAAGAGAUCCAGAAACUCAGAGAGCUACUCAACACAAAUGGAAUCAAAAUAGAUGAGGAGUGCAUCAAGAAGAGGCCGGAGAAGCCCCACUAUGAUCAGAAAUACCAUAAUACCUCGGAGAACGGUGAUGGAAAACAUCACCAUCACCAUCACCACCAUCUUCCUUUCUUGGGUCACAAGAAGCACGCCCACCCAAAGACCCAGGACUCAAACACCGAGGACGUCCAACCAGACACCAGCGAUCCACCACAUUACGAUACCCUGCACCAUGGCAACCACGAGGCCAGAUGUUAAUGGGUCACUGAAGUCAAGUAGUUGUGCCACUGACCUUCAACUCAGACCCACACCUCAGGGCACCCAUCCUUACACAGUUAUACUUGUGGGGUAUUUCCUUAGUUCUCGUGUACAAAACUCCCACACAACACGCAAACAAUUUCAAAUCACUCC